GCGUGAAUGCAUUGAAUUGUAUGGCAAUAGCAGUGAUAAAGUAAAGCAUUGAAUAAAACAAUAAUUGUUUUGAAAAUAUAGACAAUAAUUGAAUUAAUAGACAAUUUUAGUGAUUAAAAGUAAUGUCAAAAUUGUGACAAUUGUUGUAUCAAUUGUUUAGGCAGUGAUCGCAACACCGAAAACGGCUUUCAAAUAAUGAAUUAUUCGGUCAAAGCACCCGACGAUGAAGAGCAGCGCAACAUCAUUGACAAGUUGGCCCAAUUUGUGGCCAGAAAUGGACCCGAAUUUGAGUUAAUGACUAAAGAUAAACAAAGAGAUAAUCCGCGCUUUCAUUUUCUGUUUGGCGGUGAGUUCUUCGGCUAUUAUCAGUUUCAAGUAUCACAGGAACGGCAAAUUCAUCACAAACAGCUUAUGAUGGCCAGUGGACAACAAUUAAUAUCAUUAUCGGUUGGACCACCACAACAGGGAUCCACACCAAUAGCACCGACACAGACACCACAGCAAUCGCAACAACAAUCAAAUCUGUGGCAAAAUAAUGGCAUCAAUAAUAUGACCAAUAAUUUAGAUCAUUUGACACAACAGAUCAAUGAAUUGAAAGAACAGAUUCGCCAAUCAGAGGGCAAUCUGUCGGCUCAACAUCAGGUGAUAAUGCAAGAGAAAGACAUUAUUAUCAACAAUGUUCUCAAACAAUUACAAGAAGAACAAUUGAGACGAUUGGCCGAUGAUUUUAAUGUUAACUUAAAUGAAUUUGAAAAUGUUUUAUUACCGAUUGCCGACAAUUGUACAAAAGAGGCGAUUACGAAAGGUAAGGCCUGGAUAUUCAACAACUGCAGUGCACCCGUUCAUUAUGAUGUGAUUGCACGGCAUCUGCUUCAUAGAGUAAUGACAAUUGGAUCGACAUUUGAGUCGAGACUUCACAUCCUUUACUUAAUAAACGACUUAUUGAGCCAUUGUCAGAGAAAAGGAGACGACAGUCUUAAGCGUUGCCUCGAGAAAGUAAUUGUUCCCAUAUUUUGCCAAACAUUCAGCGACGCUGACGAAGAAAAACAUCAAAAGCUCAAUAAACUUCUGAAGUUAUGGCAAAUGAAUCAGUACUUUGAGAGCACAGCAUUGGAUCAGUUGCAAAACCCAUCAAUGGCUUUGGCUAAUUAUAAGAGUGCUCUUUUAAAUGAAUUUUCAGGUCAAGUAACUAAUGUUACAAAUGGACAGUUGGCUAAGUUUAGUCAACUCCAGAAACAGCACUCAGAAUUUGUAUCACACAUGCAAUCAAAGAUACAACAAUUACAACAACAAAAUCAACAAAUUUUGCCAAAUAUGCCACAAAUGCCAGUGACUUCCCUCCCAAUGCCAGUCAAUGCUCAAUGUCCAGUCUCAGGACAUCCAUCUCUUAAUCGAUUUAUACCACCGAAUCAACCUCAACUUGGAUCUCGACUUCCAAUGGGUCAGUUCGAUCAGUCUCCAAGACCACCAUUAUUAGCACCAUUUGAUCCGCCACCACAAAGUCGGCCACAUUUAAUUGGACAAUUUGAUCAGCAACAACCCAGGCCACCAUUAUUAACACAAUUUGAUCCAUCAACACCUCCAACUUCAAUGCCAAACAUAUUUUUACCACUUGGCCACCAACAACAACCACCAGCAGGAGUACAACCAUCGAACAAUAACCCUUCAUCUCAAAGGUUACUUAUGCCACAACUACCGCUACAUCAAACACCGCCACAAAUACAUUUGGGAAUUGGACCACCCGUUACACAACAGCAACUGAUAACUGGUAACCAAGCAUUUACAACCCCUCCAUAUCCAUCUGCAGGAACACAAAUACCAAAUCCUCAAUUUUUCAAUAACGUUCCGAAUUCAGUACCAAUUCCUCCAAAAGAAGUCAUUCCUGAAGUCCCUUACUAUGAACUUCCUGCUGGUCUAAUGGCACCUCUAGUUAAACUUGAAGACUUUGAAUAUAAGGCAAUAGUUCCAAAAGAGAUUCGUUUGCCACCACCAGCACCUCCUAAUGAACGACUUCUUCAAGCUGUUGAAGCUUUUUAUGCGCCACCAACUCAUGAGAGACCAAGAAAUAGUGACGGUUGGGAACAAUUAGGAUUAUACGAAUUUUUUAAAGCCAAGUCCCAGACAAAGAAACUCAAAGAAGAUCCGAAUGACAAUAAACCGCCUGAAGAAGUGAAUAAUAAACAUAAAGAAAAUGCCAAAAGUGCCACAAAUAAUGACAACUCAAAGAGUGGUCAAAAUAAUUCUCAAACGCAAUCUUUUCAUUCAAGACAUAGAAGUCCUUCACCUAAGAGACGAUAUCGAGAGUAUAAAGAAGAGAAGAGUCCGCGAAAGUCUAAAUCUAGAAAAAGUCCGGAAUCUUCGCGAAGAAGAAAUUCAAGAUCUCGGAGUAAAAGUAAAAGCAGAAGUCCUGUUCGAUCGUAUCGAAGAAGCAGAAGUCGAAGCAUUACACCACCGAGUUUUGGUUCUUUUACGAAAGUUGAGUCACGAUUGGAUGAAUCAAAUAAAGGACAUCAAAUGCUUAUGAAAAUGGGUUGGAGUGGGAACUCAGGAUUAGGUGUUUCUGAACAGGGAAUCAAAGAUCCAAUAAAAGGCGGCGAAGUUAGAGAAAAGGAUGAAAUGUAUAGAGGAGUGGGCGUCAAGACUGCAGACAACGAUCCAUACGAAAAGUUUCGCAAAAAUAAAGGUCAGGCUUUCCUUCAAAGGAUUUCACAGGGAAGGAGUGAUAAAUAA